AGUCAGGCGCGACCACUCAGUCCUCUCUCUCUCUCUCUCUCUCUCUCUCUCUCUCUCUCUCUCUCUCUCUCUCCAGUUGUUUUCUGCCGGUGACACUUUGUUUUAUUCACCGACGUCAUUCAGCCGGUCUGGACACGGAGGCGCGGGGCUGCCCCUCUUCUCCUCUCCGUGGUUAAUAGUGUUUGCUCCAGACUGUCCGGUAGUUAGUCUUUAGCGCAUUGGCUGUCCAUGGGCGCUGCUGUUUACACACUCGGUCUGUCCGGUGCGCCUCUGCGGUCGGUCGGGACGGUUUCGGGCUUUCAGCUUUUAUGAAUGAAUAAACGAGACGGGGUGCGAAUGCGGGUGACUGCUAAACUUCUCGGCGGUCGGGCUCUCGGGGGGCUGGAUACAGAUGAGAGGGAUUAACAACAGAGCGGAGCCGCGGCUCAUUGCGGAAAAGCCGAGUCUGACUGCAGACUGGCGUGGAAACGCACCGUGAGGGAAACGGGCUCCAUAGCGUCGAGCAGCGGAACAAGACCACGGUGACCACAAUGUCCAUCCACAUCGUGGCUCUGGGCAGUGAGUGUCCCGGUGGAGUUGGGGUCGGGGAGGAGAUCAUGGGCCAGGGCCAGCUGCAGGGUGGCCUGCUGUGGAGCUACCUGGGUCACGGAGCCCUGGUCGGACCCUGCGACCUGGAGAGCAGUCUGCAUAACCCGGCCUUUAUGGAGUACACCUCACGUGUGUUUGGGGAUGUCACCGUAGUGGUCCGGGAUUGUCCCAGCUGGGACUUGUUGGACAGCGACUGGGCCAGCGUUCGGAAAGUUCUUGAACAGGCGGACAUCCUGGUCAUUAAAUAUUCAGUCACUGACAAACUGGCUUUCCAGCAGGUCAGGAAUGGUUAUGCCCCAAGACUCCGCCCCCUCCUGAGGCACUGGGGUGUGCCUGUCAUCCUGGUUGCUGUUGGUGCACGGCUAAACGAUGAAGGCCCACCCUGUACAUGCCCUUUGUGUGCGUCAGAUUGGAGCAGCUGUGUGCCUCACAGUGAAGGUCUGCAGCUGUCCCGGGACCUGGGGGCCACGUACCUGGAGCUGCCUUCUCUCAAUCAUGUCUUUGUGGGUCGCUACUUUGGCAGCGUGCUGGAGUACUUCAUGAUUCAAUGUCUGAAACACAAAGCCAAAGAAAGGCCAGAGAAGAGGCGAGGAAACAAAGUGAGCGAGCUUCGCCCCCCUCACUUAGAACAACCAGCACGUCUUCCACCGAUUCGAGUUGAGGAGUCAAGCUUUUCCCAGGACAUGCAGUGGUUGCUGGAGCGUGGUGUGCAGUUUGCGGAUGUGGCUUUCUAUGCCGGAGACUCUGGGAAAGAAUUGGGAUGGGCGCAUGCAGCCGUGCUGUGUGCUGUCAGCCCAUACUUCAGACAGCUGCUCCUGGGGCCCAAGACCAGGGAACGCCCCCAGUCGAGGUGCGUUUGCAGAGAUCGGGAUGGAGGCCCCCCUUCGCUGCUCUCCACCUGGGAUGGAGGGAUUAUUGAUGACAUGCCGCGAACGGACGGGCACCCGAGUGGACGCCUCUCUCGGCUGGUGGUGAAGGAUCCGCUCCUGUGUAUGUGCCUGUGGGAGACGCUGAUGUUCAUUUACAGAGGAGCGUGGGAGUGGGAGCACCUCCAGGAGGCCCUGGAAGAGAAGCUGAAGAACUCGCUGGCCGUGGCUCAGCUUAUGGACCGCAUACGAUCUCUCAUCGGCAGAGACAGGGCCUCCAGGGACACCCCCAGUGCACGGGCGGCUCAGCUCGGACCACAGACUCUUGUUAACCUGUUUAACUCCCCUCUUUACUCAGAUGUCAUCUUCAUGGUGCAAGGGAGUGUGUUGCCAGCCCACCGGGCAGUUCUGGUGGCACGCUGUGAUGUCAUGGCGGCCAUGUUUAGUGGGAAGUAUGCAGAGGCCCGGAGCCGAGUGGUGCCAAUCCACGGUGUGUCCUCAGAUACCUUCCUGUCAUUCCUGGAGUACCUCUAUACUGACUCCUGCUGUCCUGCUAGUGUGCUCCAGGCUAUGGCAGUGCUGGUCUGUGCGGAAAUGUACCAAGUGAAACGACUGCAGCAUCUGUGUGAGGUGUGUGUGUGCGCGUACCUCCAGAGCAUGCCCAGUCGAGAGCUGGCGUCAACAGGUAUCAGCGUGGUUCGACUCCUCCGCAGAGCAAAGUGCCACAACGCAGAGCAGUUGUAUGUCUGGCUCCUUCACUUUAUUGCCAACAACUACCUAAUCUUCAGCCACAAACCUGACUUCCUGGAGCUCUCAGACGAGGAGCGGGAGCAGGUGGAGAGGCUGCGAUGGCCGUCCAGAGGCUACCUACAGGAGCUCAGCGAGUACCAGCAGCGGCGACGCAAACUGCGCAAAUCCCGCUGCAUAGUCAUGUGACUCCCCACCUGCCAAGGCCACCACUCUGGAGGGGUGGGUCAGCUUACUGCAGAGCGCCGAUAGACUGCAGCAUGCCCUCCAGUUUACCGCUCUUGUGCAGCGCUUCCACGUCGCUGCCACCUCCAACACACUCCUCCCCAAUGAACACUCGAGGGACCUACAAUACAUUCAGUGUGACAGAAACACCAGUCAGUAUAGUAACAGUCAGAGAUGGAGUGGGAAGUGUCCUUCAGCAUCAGCUACACGGAAAGACAUGGUUUUUAUUUCAUUUCUAAAUCAUGUCAACAGUGUCUCUUUAUGAUAUUCUUCUAUUAAUUAAUUUAUACACUGGCAAGAAUAGGUAUGUGAACUCUUUGAAAUGUCGACAUGAAUAGGUCAUAAAACAUGACCUGAUUUGCAUCCAAGUCACCAGUAUAAACAAACAUAAUGUGCUUAACCAAACAAUGAGCAGGUCUGACCAGCAGCAUCGGAAGUGCUUGGUUAUAGCUGUUAAAGGAGCUUCAACCUGUUAUUAAACCCACUUAUGUUCACUUACUGCCUCUACAAGCACUGUGAGUGUGUAAUGGCUGGAACAUUAUUAAAAUAUUUUUAUUCUGUGUGGUACUGGGUUAAGAACAUUAUUCUUGUCUGCAGUUGUGACUGAUAUGUGGAUGAGAUCACAUUUUAUUACCAAUGCAUGCAGAAAAGAGUUCACAUACUGUUUCUUGUCAUUGCAUUUUACCUGAAUGAAGGAAAUCAACCCUGUUAAUUUA